AUGCGAUUGCACUUGUAUGUAUCUGAAGAUGGCAGAAAAGUACUAUUCUCUAUUCCUCUGGCAUGUGUCUUUCUCUGGGAGAGCACAGAGCAGGCAAAUACACACUGCUCUAAGAAUUCUUCAGUGGCUGGAUGCUGGACACAACUUUUGCCUGAUGAAUCCAUCACGUUGCCUUCCACUAUAAAAAAAGAAACCGGAGUGCAUGCUGCUUUCAUACAAAAUGAGAUUCUGGGUGAUUGCUGUUCAUGCAGUUUUGUCUUCUACACUGGAGAAUGCUUGGUGCUCACAUUUUUGCCUCUCCAAUGGCAAGAAAAUAGCUUUAGAUGUGUUAGUGCUUUGCCAUAUCAGAUUCACUGGGUACAGCAGACCUGUUCUCUUGCUAAUCUGGUUCCUCAGUGUAUGUCUGUAAAGUCAAGAGGAGCUUUGUUAACUGCAUUUGCAAGAGAUGGACUUUUACUUGCAGUAGCUGUUAAUCAAAAUGAUCCAAAGGCAACUCAGAUUUUGUUUUUAAACACGCUGAAUUUUCUAACUGUUUCGGGUAGUCUUAAAGGUUGCAGUAGCAAGAACAGCACAGUUCCCUCCAAAUUUGUCAGGUCUUAUGGGGUUGGUGACAUGAGGUGGACUCCUAUUGAUAGCCUUUUCUUGGCUUGCAUGUUAAAACGUGGAUCGUUGAUUUUAUUGACUUGUAUGGGUGAAUUGCUGACCUCGAUUAGUUCAGGCUGCUCUGUAGAAUUUGGACCAGCAGAGUUUAUUCUAUUUCAUCACCUAAUAACAUAUAG